GAUUCUAUUUGGGGACUUUUUCUCCAGAAAAUUCUCCAGAAAACACGCGACCGAGUCCAACGAACUUCUUCAGUCGCUUUCUAACUGUCUUCCAAAGCAGUGCAUUAUCCAUUUAGAUUUCGCAAAAUUUGACAAGGUGUCGUUUAACCGAACGGACGGACGAAAUAUUCGCUCAUUUAUAUUGACGCCAUGACCAUGACCUUCCACUGUGGUGUUAACAUCCCUCCGACCGCCGACUUUCCCACCAGGGUGGACCCCACCGCCGACUUCUCCGCCGAAAAGCUGUUGACUGAUUUUGAUCCCAAACCCUGGACGGAUAUGAACGUCAGUUCCUCCGAGAUUAAUUGGAUCCUGCAAACUUCUGAUUAUGAAAAGGAUCCGGAAAUGGUGCAAAUGGCUCCCUUUCAACCGUACGCUCCUCCCACGUCCCCCAUCACCCCACCCGCGACACCUGAACCCCUCCUUUCUUCUCCCCCUUCUGCACAUGAAAUCACGAUGACCGCGUUGAAGAGUUGUGUGAACGCGCGACUAAAUCCAACUGUCCCCAAGGUUCAAGCAUCCCAGGCCUUCAUUCGCCCGGUACCUCAAGUGCCAUCCAUAAUUCGGCAGGAUUCUGGAGUCAUGCGCCCAGUGUCUAUUGGCUUUUCUGGAUUUAUCGUACAGGACAACUCCAGAACAAAUAUCAGAGAGCAGCCGCUCCCACAAUACGACGAACAGGGGCGCAGAUUUAUGUCCAUUACCUACACAAAACCUAAAUACCAUAAAUAGUAUGUAUAUGUAUGUAUUACUUUUAAAAAAUACAUACAAUAUAAUAAUACAUACAUACAUACACUAUGCAUAUAUGUACAUACCAAUACAUUAAAAACACAACAUUAUUUUUACUUCACUUUAUUAUUUUUACUUAUAUAAAUUUCAAAUUUAAAAAAAUAUCAGAUACGGACAAUUUUGUACGGCUCUGGUCGUCCAUCGUUUUAAAGGAUUUUUUAAUGAAUGAUACAUAAAAAUGUUCUAAGUAUUUACUCUGCGAAUACACUUUAUACUCUAGUGAAUAAAAUUUCUAAUAAUAAAA